AUGAUUGACACUGUGAACCACGACCACAAACAGGCAAGCAGUUGGGUCGUAGCGAAUCUUAUUAAGAAUAGAGUUGCUGGAACCGAUCGUAUUUACAAGAUAAAGCAUAUUAAGGAGGAUGUCCGUAAAGAGUUCGGGGUGAACAUAAGUUAUGACAAGGCCCAUCGAGCACGAGAGUUAGCAUACGCUAUUGUUAGGGGCCGACCGGAGGACUCCUACAUGCAUCUCCAUGCGUACGGUGAAGCGAUAAAAAUAGAGAAUCCAGGUACUAUUUUCCACCUCGAGACUGAAGGUUCGCUUAACUUCAAAUACAUGUUCAUGGCAUUGGGUGCCAGCAUUAAAGGGUUUCAGUCAAUCACAAGGCGUGUAAUUAUGGUUGAUGGCACACAUUUGAAGGGGAAGUUCAAAGGAGUGCUACUAAUGGGUGUCGCCAUGGACGGGAAUAAUCAAAUAUAUCCACUUGCAUUCGCGAUUGUAGACAACGAAAGCGAUGCAUCGUGGAAGUGGUUUAUGAAGAACUUGAAGGACAUGAUCGGAGACCCACAAGAACUUGUAUUCAUAUCUGAUCGACAUGUAAGUAUCACCAAUGCAACAAGUGAGAUAUUCCCGGAUGCAUUCCAUGCUAUAUGCACUUAUCACYUAGGGAACAACMUAAAGWCUCGAUUCAAGAAUGCUGCAUUUUACAAAUUGUAUCAGGAUGCAGCGUAUGCGUAUCGRAAGUCAYAGUUCACGUACUACUGGAACCAGAUACUAUCGAUUGGAUCGGGUUCACUUGCCAAAUACUUACAAGAAAUUGGGGUACAACGGUGGGCCCGAUGCUACCAAGUUGGUAGAAGAUAUGAAAACAUGACGACAAACAGCGCUGAGUCGGUAAAUGCCCUCCUUCGAGAGGCUAGAGAGUUACGUAUCACUAAGAUUGUCGAUUUCAUCCGCGAAUUGCUACARAGAUGGUUCCACGAAAGAAGGACUCACUGGUCCACCCAAAACACCUCUCAUUCAAACUAUGCAGAAGAGCGACUUGUACUACAGUUUGARAAGUCUCGUCGCUACACAGUCAAACCAGUUUUCAUGUUGAGGACGGUGGCUUGGACGAGACGGUUGAUUUGA